UCAACAAUUCAUCUUUCCUUGUAGUUGUUAAUAUGGAUGGGAUUUUUAAUAUGGAUGGGGAAAAUGAAAGCUCUAGCUCAUUUCCUAUAGGAAAGACUCCACAAGAGAAAGGGAUGUCACAUGUUCCCAAGUGUUACAUGGUGUCAUCUUCACAGAGGCCCAAUUUGAAUAAUCCAGAGGUUGCUAGAGUCCCUUUGGUUGAUUUGGCUGGGAUGAAUGAUGAUUCCGAGAGGAGAUCAAUAAUCAUCCAGGAUAUUGCAGAGGCUUGCCGCCGCAAUGGUUUCUUUCAGGUAAUCAACCAUGGAAUAUCCCAGGAAAUACUAGAUGCAGCAAUUUCAGCCGCCUUUGGUUUCUUUGACCUGCCAACUGAAGACAAAGAAAAAUUUAUGUCAAAUGACGUGUUCAAACCUGUCCGAUAUGGUACAAGCUUGAGGGAUGGUGAAGACAAGGUUCAGUUCUGGAGAGUCUUCCUCAAACAUUAUGCAAAUCCUUUAAGUGAUUGGAUUAAACUGUGGCCUCAAAACCCGCCUGAUUAUAGGCAGAAGAUGGGUAACUAUGCAGAGGAAGAACAAAAAUUGGCCAUGAACAUCAUUGGUCUAAUCACUGAAGGCCUAGGACUUGGUCCAACAUAUCUAAGCAAAAAAUGGGAAGAAGGGGUGAAUGUAAUGGCAGUGAAUUCUUAUCCUCCAUGUCCUCAACCAAGCCUUGCACUAGGAUUGCCACCACAUUCAGAUUACAGUAUCCUAACAAUUGUCCUUCAGAGUUCAUUAGGCCUUGAAAUUUUGGACAGUGAAGAUGGACAAUGGAGGGUCGUCCCACACCUUAAGGGUACCCUUGAAGUCCAUGUGGGUGACCAUUUAGAAGUACUAAGCAAUGGUUUGUAUAAAAGUGCGGUACAUAGAGUUACCCUCAACUCUGAGAAGGCUAGAGUUUCAGUUGCUAGCUUGCAUAGUUUGGGAAUGGAUGAGAAAAUUGAUACAGCUAAAGAGCUAGUGGAUGAAGAGCAUCCAAAGGGUUAUAAAGAAAGCAGCUUCACAGAUUUUCUCAAAUUCUUGUCUGAAAAUGAUCUUGGACAAGGGAAGAGGUUCCUCAUGACAAUCAAGAACAACUAGUUUUGUGUUUUUUCGCUGGCUUUUUAGGUAGUACCACAAAUAUAAUAAAGUUAGGUCCAAAUCCUUUUGGGAUUAUAUUUCAUUUUGAGGAUUGUGCAUUUUUUUUUUUUCCGGUGUCUUCUUUUUGGGGUGGUAAAUCUAUAUGUUUUACCUCUUUUCUUUGUCAUGACACUGAUGUGAGUUCUUUCCAGUCCUAUAAUAUAAUGGUGUUUUUUUUUUAUUUAUCUCUCUGCCGGCAGCUCAAUAGUUAAUCGCAGGAAAUUAUUCUAUGUGUAUGUUAAAUAUUAUGUAUUGUUAUAUCUAUUAUAAAAGUAUGAAACUCGAACACGAAAUGUUGAUUAUCGAUCCUUUAAAAAUAAAUUUCAUAUUGAAUAAAAUUAUAAUUUUAUUAUUAUUAUUUUGGUCGAAAUGAAAAAUGUUAUUCAACCAAAUAAAGAGUUACACACAACUAGCUCAAAUUAACUCUCUAGCUAGAUCAUAC